CACAUUUCGUGCACGUUGGUUCGUCCCUGUGUGUGAGUCCGCUGCUCACUACAGGUGUUUUGCAUAAGGGAGUUACACCUUUCGUGUGACCAGUGUGCCAGACGCUACCUGAAGUCAUGGCCAACCAGGUGGCUGCUAUGUGUGACCAGCUUAUGAAAGCUGUGAAUGUGAUGAUGGACGCAGAGUCAAGCCAAAUAUACCGUCUGGAGGCCCUAAAGUUUUGUGAAGAAUUUAAAGAGUCCAACUCUUUAUGUGUCCCAUGUGGCUUACAACUCGCCAACAAAGCGCAGCCAGCUGUUGUGAGACACUUUGGGUUACAAGUCCUCGAACAUGUCAUCAAGUUCAGAUGGAACAACAUGCAGCAGCAAGAAAAACUCCAUUUGAAGGAAUGCGCCAUGCAGCUGUUAUUGGAUGGCACUCACUCGAUCCUGGAGGAGGAGAGCCAUAUUAAAGAUGUCUUGUCACGAAUCAUAGUGGAAAUGAUAAAGAGGGAAUGGCCACAGCACUGGCCGCAUAUGCUGAAAGAGAUGGAGGAUCUCACCAGCCAAGGAGAGGCGCAGACCGAGUUGGUCAUGUUGAUCCUUUUGAGGCUGGCUGAGGAUGUGAUCACUUUCCAGACGUUGCCCACUCAGCGACGGCGCGACAUCCAGCAGACGCUCACCCAGAACAUGGAGAACAUCUUCGGUUUCAUGAUAGCCGUUCUCAAAGUGAAAGUCGAGGACUACCGUAAAGCGAAAGGUGAACCUGGAGAAGAAGUGAAUGCCAGAGCUCACUGCCGCGUCGCUGUAGCUACACUAAACACACUCGCAGGUUACAUCGACUGGGUGUCUCUGGUGCACAUUACUGCCGGAAACUGUCACCUGCUGGAGAUCCUGUGUCUGCUGAUGGCUGAACCGGAGCUGCAGCUGGAGGCCGUGGAGUGUUUGCUCAUCGCCCUCAGUCGGAAGGGAAAACUGGAGGAGAGGAAGCCAUUCAUGCUGCUGUUUGACGACACGGCGAUCUGCUACAUCCAGGCUGCAGCUCAGUCAGCAGAUGGGCUCGCGAUAUGUAAGAAAUCCCCCGAUUCACAAGCGGUGGAAGUGGUUGAGCGACGCUACAUUUUCUUAAAGCGGCUGUGCCAGGUCCUGUGCGCUCUGGGUGGACAGCUCUGCCAGUUGGUUGGUUCAGAUGUCGAUGUCGAGGUACCUGCAAACCUUGGCAAGUACAUGGAGGCCUUGUUAGCGUUCACCACACAUUCCAGUCAGUUUUUGAAGUCGUCCACCCUGCCGACGUGGGGAGCUCUGUUCAGACACGAGACUCUGUCGAAGGACGCGGUUGUUGCGCAGAUGGCCAUCCAGUACGUCCGGGCGUCCAUGGACAACCUCGUCAAGACUGGGUUCCCUUCCAGGAACGACAGCCCCAGCUGCGAGUACUCCCGUGUGGACUUUGACAGCGACGAGGACUUCAACUCCUUCUUUAACUCUUUUCGAGCUCAGCAAGGGGAGGUUUUGAGGAUUGCAUGCCGUGCAGUCCCUCUCGAGGCUUUCCAGAUAGCAGCCGAAUGGUUGCAGUUCCAGAUCACCAGCCCAAUCGACACCGGGGAUGCAACAACUAAAAGCACCGGGGGCCUUUGCUCUCUCCUGUCUCCAUCGGUGGUCCAGUGGGACGCCAUGACGGUCUUCAUGGAGUGCGUCGUUUCACAGAUCUUCAAAACUCUGGAGGAGGAGAAGCUGCCUAUCGAUCAGAGCAUGGAGCUGCUGCAGGCGGUGCUGAACUACGACACCAAAGACCCGCUCAUCUUGUCCUGUGUGCUCACCAACGUCUCCGCCCUCUUCCCGUUCGUCAUACACAGACCACACUUUCUGCCACAGGUCCUCUCAAAGCUGUUUCAAGCCAUUACAUUUGAGCUUGAUCAGGAAAUUAAGACACCUCGGACUCGAGCUGUGAAGAACGUGAGGAGGCACGCCUCCUCUGCUAUCAUAAAAAUAUGCCGGGAUUACCCACAAUUCAUCCUGCCCUCGUUUGACUUGUUCUACACCCACGUGAAGAAGCUGUUCGCGAGCGAAGCGACGCUGACGCACAUGGAGAAAUGUUGCCUGAUGGAGGCUCUGGUUCUCAUCAGCAACCAGUUCAAAGACUUUGCGAAACAGAAGGCUUUCCUGGAUGAGCUGAUGGAGUCGGUGGUGGCUGACUGGACCUCAGAGGAGAUGAGACACGUGCUCUGGGAUCCCGUCGCCCUCCUGUCCUUCGUUGGCGCCGAUCAGAUGGCCGAUGACCAAAGUAAAGACGCAGACAGAGCGAGCCUUAACAGAGGGCGACUGAGUUUCUGUUUGUACGCCAUGCUGGGGGUGGUGAAACGGGCGCGCUGGCCGGCAGACCUGGAAGAAGCCAAAGCCGGCGGCUUCGUGGUGGGCUGCACCCCGACCGGAGCUCCCAUCUACAGGAACCCCUGCACGGCCCAGUUUCUGCUCUUACUGCCCAACCUGCUGGCGUUAGUCAGGACUCACAACAGCCUGUUCCUGCCAGAAAACACGGCUCGUCUCAGCGAGGAUUUCUGCAGAGCCCACGACGUGAUGGAUGCAGAAAAGAGUAUGGUUCUUGGUCUUUCUCAUAAUAUUCUGGAUUUUUAUGACUCUCCUGUGUAUAAAACCAACCUGGAGCGCAUGCAGGGAUUUUUCACGACAUUAUAUGAAUACUGCUUCCAAGUGCUGGGAAAUGCAGGCGUGUCCUUGCAGCAGGAGUUUUACACCAUUGAGAGGCUGGCUGAAGAGAUCGCCGGCGCUGCGUUCGUCUCCCUCGACCACGUGCCCGACCACAGACUCCGCCCGAUGAUUCGUUUGUUCCUGAGGCAGCUGGUGGUGUCGUGUCCGCCGGACUAUUAUGAGACGGUCCUCUGCCCCCUGCUGGGGCCCGUCUUCGGCUACAUGAUGCAGAGACUCAACGUUAAGUGGCAGGUCAUCAACCAGCGAACCUCAAUGAAUGAAGACGACGAGGAAGAGGAGGUGAUCAGUCAGGAGAGCCAAGUCACGCAGGAGAUGCUGGAGGAGCAGCUCGUGCGCCUCCUCACCAGGGAGCUGCUGGAUCUUCUCACGGUGAGCUGCAUUUCCAGAAGAGUUCCUGAACCUGCGGCGAAUAAGGAGGAAAUAGAUGAGGAAGAAAUGAUGGAUUCAACGCAGACGCCGUCGACCGCCCAGCCCACCGAGGAGCUGACCGAGUUGGGGAAAUGCCUGAUGAAGCACGAGAACAUCUACAUGUCCCUGCUGACUCUGUCCUUCACCUCACUGUCCUGGAAGGACGCCACCAACUGCCAUCGCACCGCCUCCAUGGUCUGCUGGACCCUCCUGCGACAGGUUGUGGGGGGAAAUCUCCUCCCCGAAGCCGUCACGUGGUUUUAUACCAGCGUUCUCAGGGGCCUUCAGGUUCACGGGCAGCACGAGGUCUGCAACUCCACCCUGUCUCUGCUGGCCAUGCUCAUCUACGAAAACUUGCGGCCGCGAUACGUUGAGCUGCACGCGGUGAUGAUGCAGAUCCCCAACAUCAACGUGGAGGCUCUGGACCAGUUUGAUCACAGGCUCCUGGACCCCAACGCCCAGAAGGUCGGAGACAAGAAGAGAAAAGACCAGUUCAAGAAGCUCAUCGCGGGAACGGUCGGGAAAGCUCUGUGCCAGCAGUUCAGGAAGGAGGUUCACAUCCGCAAUCUUCCAUCACUCUUCAAAAAGCCGAAGCCCGAGAAGGAGGUACUGAGCAGCGAGGACCUGGGCCUGACGGCCCUCUUCUCCCCCAACGCCGACGCCCUGUGAGAACACGCCGCGGCGCCAGGAGACCUCAGACCCAACCAAGACCACGAGGAGUUCCCCUCCACCCAGCCGGAGCAGCAUCUCACACAUCUGUCUGCACUCCUCUCUUUCAAGAAGUCGUGUCUACUCCCGAUCCGUAACGUGCCACAGCACCACUCGCUCAUGCACACAGUGGGUCUUUCCCUCCAUCAUGCAGGCUAAUAUCACACUAGAGACCUUCAAGUUGCCACUGCGAGCUUGUAUUUUCCUCUGUACAUACUGAAAGGGAAGCUACAUAAGCUACGAUAUUUUGUUGGAAAUAUUUCAGCUUGAAAACAAACUUUCUGUAAGAUUGUAUUAAUGAACAGUCUUUGAAAAAACAGUAUAUCUGCCCUGCAGCCAAUCUGUAUGAUUUGUUUAGACUAGGACCACGCUCCAGUUCGCCAUUUUAUUUUUGUGCCUUUUUUGUUUGUUUUAAAUAGAUCUAAUUGUGCAUAGACUCCACAACUUUCCCACUAAGGAUGCCAAAGAUUUAUUGGACGAGAAACCCGCAGCUAUAUUUCUAUUUUCAGUAUAGUAAACGGCAUCUUACGAUAUUCAAACGAGUUCAAACAGUUAGCCACAUAGCUAGCCAGUCAUAACUGGCUGAAGGACGAAUGGCUUCGUGUUUUGUGACCAUAAAGCUGCUGUCAGUGCCGCCUAAAAACAGGACCUGGUGCACAUUUCUCUAUUUACAGUUUGUCUUACUGGAGACGCUUCAUUGUGAAGGACAUGCUUAACGGUACCUUAGGUGGCAAGUUUUAAGAUGAGCAGAUGAAAUCGACCUCAAUGGUUAUCGUACGUUUCAAUAUGAGCAAACGUCAUUGUUUGGUUUUAGAAGAUGAUCACACUGCAGGUUAGGGCAAUGACUGACUUUUUGUUUUUAAUUCAAAUCAGCACAACUUUGGUGGCUCGAGUACCGCUUCGAUCGCUUAUUUAUUGCAUAUCUUGUUACAAAUAAUGGAGCUGCAGUUUGCGCAAGAACACUCACCACAUGUUCGAGAGGACACGGUUGUGUUUGAGACAUCUAAUGAUCGAAUUUAGAAGUCAAUACUUGUAGCUGAAUCCAAGUCUACUGGAUUUUUUGUUUGUUUUAACAUAUCCCCAUCUUUAUGCUUCUGUUGGUUUUGCAAAGAAAAAUGAACUAGCACUACAUUCCGUCUUUGUCCAUGAAACUUUCUUUAUUAUUUGUUGUAAUUUUCUGUUUCCCCCACAGUUUGGAGUGUAGAAUCAGACCAAAAUAGAUCAAAGUGUCAGAAAAUUUAGCAUUUCCGAUGCAGUUUUACUGAAAAGAGGUUGAUGUCGUAUUUGUCUGAAGUAGAAACAUUUGUGAGCCUGUCUUUUUAUUUCCAAUAAGGUAGUUUAUUCAUUUAGUGAUGACUGUUCUCAUGUGGCCAAUUGUUAAAAACGCUCGUUCAACACUAAAAAUGUCUGUACAAAGGAGAAAAUAGACUUUUUCAAAUGUGUAGUGUGGUUUCUAUUUUUGUUUUUUUUAAAUAAAAGAA